UUAAGCUGCCAUUUUCUCCGAUUUCUCAUCGUUUCUCACUCCGGCAGAUCCCAACCUCCACCGCCACCGCCACCGCGCGCGUCCUCCCACUCCCGCCCGCCGCCGGCGACGACCGCGCUAACCCCACACGCCGCCGCGGGCGCACGGGCGGGCUCGCCCGAGAUGGCGACGAUGGGGAGCCUGAUCGGGCUGGUGAACCGGAUCCAGCAGGCCUGCACCGUGCUCGGCGACUACGGGGGCGGCGGCGGCGGCGGGGGCUCCCUCUGGGACUCGCUCCCCUCCGUCGCCGUCGUCGGAGGCCAGAGUUCCGGGAAGUCGUCGGUGCUCGAGAGCAUUGUCGGGAGGGACUUCCUGCCUCGUGGAUCUGGGAUUGUGACGAGGAUGCCGUUGGUGCUGCAGCUCCACAAGACGGAGGGCGGGACGGAGUACGCCGAGUUCCUCCACCUCCCGCGGAAGCGGUUCACUGACUUUGCUGCUGUUAGGCAAGAGAUUUCUGAUCACACUGAUCGCAUUACUGGAAAAUCAAAAGCAAUAUCAAAUAAGCCUAUCCAGUUGAGUAUAUAUUCUCCACAUGUUGUUAACUUGACACUUAUUGAUCUUCCUGGACUUACAAAGGUUGCAGUAGAGGGGCAGCCAGAGUCUAUUGUCCAAGAUAUUGAAAACAUGGUCCGGUCUUAUGUUGACAAGCCAAACUCUAUCAUAUUGGCCAUCUCUCCAGCAAACCAAGAUAUAGCAACAUCAGAUGCCAUCAAGCUUGCUAAGGAAGUUGAUCCUUCAGGUGACAGGACCUUUGGAGUCGUGACCAAACUUGAUUUGAUGGACAAGGGCACCAACGCUGUUGAUGUACUUGAAGGGAGGUCGUACCGCCUGCAGCACCCCUGGGUGGGCGUUGUCAACCGUUCACAGGCUGAUAUCAACAAAAGUGUUGACAUGCUUGCAGCACGUCGCAAAGAACAAGAGUACUUUCAAAGUAGUCCUGAUUAUGGUCACUUGGCACAUAAAAUGGGUGCCGAGUAUCUUGCUAAGCUUCUGUCAGAGCAUUUAGAGGCCGUAAUCAAAGCAAAAAUUCCAAGUAUUAUAUCAAUGAUUAACAAGACAGUCGAUGAAAUUGAAGCUGAAUUGGAUCGACUUGGUAGGCCAAUUGGAGGUGAUGCUGGGGCGCAACUGUAUACGAUAUUGGACAUGUGUCGUGCAUUUGACCGUGUUUUCAAAGAGCACUUAGAUGGCGGACGACCAGGUGGAGAUCGCAUUUAUGGUGUCUUUGACCAUCAAUUGCCUGCAGCACUGAAAAAGCUUCCAUUCGAUAAACAUCUUUCAUUGCAAAAUGUUCGAAAAGUCAUUUCUGAAGCUGAUGGUUACCAGCCCCAUUUGAUUGCCCCUGAGCAAGGUUACAGAAGACUUAUCGAUAGUUCACUCAGCUACUUUAGGGGUCCAGCUGAAGCUUCAGUUGAUGCGGUCCAUUUGGUAUUGAAGGAGCUUGUCCGGAGAUCGAUUGCAGCAACAGAGGAAUUGAAACGUUUCCCAACGCUUCAAUCAGAUAUAGCUGCUGCAGCCAAUGAAAGCCUGGAAAGAUUCCGUGAGGAUGGCAGAAAGACUGUUAUUCGUCUGGUUGACAUGGAAGCCAGUUACCUAACAGUCGAAUUCUUCCGGAAACUUCCCACUGAACCAGAUAAAGGGGCUAACAAUAACACUCCAGCCAACGACAGAUAUCAGGACAACCAUCUCAGAAGAAUUGGGUCAAAUGUAUCAUCUUACAUUGGCAUGGUUUGCGAUACAUUGAGAAACACGAUUCCAAAAGCCGUUGUACAUUGUCAAGUGAAGGAGGCAAAAAGAAACUUGUUGAACCGUUUCUAUGCUCAUGUGGGAAGCAAAGAGAAGAAACAGCUGAGCGCGAUGUUGGACGAGGAUCCUGGUUUGAUGGAGAAGAGGGAUUCUCUUGUCAAGAAGCUUGAGCUGUACAAAUCUGCGAGGAACGAGAUCGACUCGGUUGCGUGGAAAUGAUCUGUUGGGAAGUCGUGGCGGGAACAGAUUGAUCUGUUUGUAGUAGAAAUGCUUCAUUCGUCAUGCAUAUGCGCCUACAUUGGAUGCUUUUGUACACGGGCUUUCUUGCAGAGUGUUUUGUUGCUGGAGACAUGGACACCGUUACUUACUCCUUUGGCCAUCCUUUGGCCUCAUGUAUGAUUCAUAUCUAUAUUAAUAUUAAUACAGAUGUAUUCUUUGUUCA